AAAAACUGCUGCGAGACAACACUACCACAGGCAAAAAUGUAUAUAUUCCCUUUGUAACAGGAUGAAAUGAAGUAUCUAGCUCUCCAUUCGUCUGCAGAAUACUUCAUGCUUGGUAAAACACUUGUUUAAACUUAAGGAAUAAAGAACCAAAUUAAAGCCAUUUAGCAGCAGGAGCCAGUAACCACGGCACGACUUGAAGACUGUGUUUAACUCUCAGGGGAAGUUAAACAAGGGACGCAGUAUGCUCGGAUUUAACAGACCUCAGUCUGCACGAUGAUGAAGGAGAAGAAAAAAAAAAGAGGGAGGGGAGGGAAAGAUUUUGAUCACAUGGCCACAAAGUCAUUCUGAAAGUAUGCUGGCAGGGUAUCGCCCAUAGAAAUAUAAAAAGUCCUUCACAGUGAGUGGCCGUGUCCAUGCAGAGAGCAUCACUUUCAGAGAUUUAAGUCAAUCACCAGCGCCAGGCUGGUGGAUACAAAACAGAAGACGAGCGGGUGACGAAAGCAAACAUGUCUAAUCAAAGCGUGGACUUGGCGUGGGGCACCACAUCUCCAUAUUCCAACAAUUUCACUGUCGUGGAAAAUAACACCUCCAUCAUUGACACCUCCACUUCAGCAGCCUACUUUCCUACUGACUUAGACAAAAUUGCAGCCAAUGACAUAACCUCCCGGGCAAACUAUGUCUACAGUUUCUUGGCGGGGCUGGGCUUCAUCGCAGGCUGCUUCCUGCUCUACAGCUUCAUCCAGACCUACAGAGCCCAGAGACGGCUGGCCUGGCUCGACUGCUUGCUCUGGGGCUUUUGUGGCCUCCAGCUGCUGCUUCUGCUUCUCUCUCUCCACGCUGUGGCAUACAGACCAGGAUACCUGCUUACCACGGGUUUGGGCUGUGCUGCUCUCUCCUUUACCAUCAACACAGCCUCUCUGAGUGGCCUGCUGGUCUUAGUGCUCAUGGCUUAUGUCCUAACCCUGGAUCCUCCAUCCCACGCCCUGCUGAGGAAGCCGUGGGUCUGUGCGGCUCUGGUGAUCCUGACCUCUAUCCUGAUUUCUCUACUGCUGGCUGGACUUCGUGGACUCAAAGGUGGUCUGAAUGAAAAUGCCACGUGUUUUAUGGAUCCAACUCAUGCUGGUGAGUCGUAUGCAGCGGCUAGGUUGUGCCUGGCUUUUUUGAUUCCCUACAUCCUUCAACUGGGACUUCUAAUAGGUGGCUGCGUCCGGCAGUGGAAAUCAAAAGGGCGUUUCCUCUCCGGCUGUGAGGAAGGUCCUGUGUUCCUGACCGUCACCGUGGUCAUAUUUUUCUGCCAGCUCUUCUACAGCGUGGCGCUGGUGAGAGGAGCACAACUAGAACAACAAGAGAAGAAGGAGCUGGGCCAUCGUGAGCAGGCGUUUCUGAGCGUGGCUGAGUUUGUACUCUUCUCAGGGAGCAGUGUCAGCCUCCUGCUAGUGCUGCUCAUGCACAGGCCGUGUCGAGAGAGUCUCCACGGAGUGUUUAGGCAGCUGAGGGACACCUGUCGAAGCCCAGGACGCACACAGCCCAACAGAAACAUUAUCGCUCCCCACAUCGAGAUCACAGACACCCUGCAGGACCUAGAGUCAUAGAGGACAACGACUCUAAUCUAAAACCAAACUCUCCUGAUGCAUCGAAAUAAAGACUUUUGAGAUCUAAUGUAUUGGACAUAUUCCUAAUCUUACUUUUAAAAUGCUUUCAGUGUUUAUUUUUCUUUUUAACUGUUUUAAUGCAUGUUUUCUCAAAGUUUGCCAAGCUAUUUUUCAAAUUUCAUUUUUUUUGUCCAUUUGUACUUUACAAAAAUUAAAAGGUUUUGCUAUACAUCUCCAGAACUGUGCCCCAUGUACAGUCCUUAUAGUCACUGUUGCAAUAUGUUCACAAAAAGGACUUACUGUUGGUAGUAUAUGCAAUUUUAUCUCUCUUUAAACUUCCCUCAGACACACCUCUUUUCUCGGAAAACAGACUGUUUGUAUAAACACAAUUUGCACAAAAGUCCAUUUAGACCAAAUGCCUCAAAAAAACCUCUGCAAUUCCCAGAAUGCCACAUAGGAAAAAACAUUAGGUCAAGGAAAAUAAAAGUCUGAUUCUAAGUUUAGGCCAACGGUGUCAAUAUAAUUUACUUUAUUAUUAGUUCUAAAGCUGUUAAAAAGAACCAAAACAAGCCAGACAGGUGAUAAUGUGAACUGAAGAAAUUGAUGGGCACCACUUCUAGGAAAAACUGACCUGCAUGGAUCCCAUAUUGCAUCAGUGCCAACAUAGAGUGGCUCAAAACCAGGGACCAGUAAGAAAAUUAAUAGAGGAGCUGGUUUGUUUAGGCUUUUUCCAUCACAUUUAAUUUUAGACUUGGUUCACACUGUGUAGAACCAUUGUAGCAACACAGAUCUUAUAGGAAAGUCAAAAUCAUUAAAAGGAAAAAUGUAUUUAUACAUUAUAAUUAUGGCAAAUCACAUUCAGUCUCAAACAGGUGCCUGUGAACCAAAACUAAAAACAAAGGGGCUGCUAAAUAAUAUUAUAAUAUUUUUUGUUAUUAAUGUCCCGAAAAAAAAAAAGAUGAAUUGAAACUGUUCCAGUCUGUCCUUCAUCUUGUUUUGUGUAAAUAAACUGUUAGUCUGUCUGCUAAAAGUGCCAGGACUCCCAUAUUUAUAUAUUUUAACAUUCUACAAUCAUAGUCCUGUUCGCACUUUUAUGCAAUAAAAUAAGUCUAUAUAAACAUACAUCGGGGAUGUUAAUUGUGACUACUUACUGUAUAAU